GAGCGGCGCGGCGUUCAGUCACGCUCGGAUAAGUGAGCAGUCGUGGACAUUUUGAAGUGUAAAUAACUGCGCUACGAUUAAGGGAUAGCGUUACGGUACUGACACGGCGCGGAGAGGCGCUGUGACCGUGCGGUUUGUAAUUCAGCCCCUCGGUUUCACAGUUUACACGCCCCCGUCGAUAGUCUCUCCCCUGCUUGGAUCAUCUCGGCGGCUAAGCUCGCUCGCGGGCUGCGUUCCGGGCGGGCUCGGUGUUCUGGCUCGGUUUGCGGACGGACAGACCGGACACGGGGAUGAUUGUAUUAGCGGCGGCGGCGGCGGCACAUGCUCAGUUAUGCUUAUGGAAGAGGAUCUCGGUAGGCUGUGCGUGAAGACUGAGGUCAUCGGCUGAGCUCGGAAAAAAUACUCCGCGGAGCCUCCAUUUUGAGGAGUAUGAAAUAGGAGGAAUAGCAUAGUUUUGAGCCGCCGCUGAAGCAAACAAACUGUAAACACAGCCGAGAGAGAGCCUCCGCCAUGGACGACUUAUUCAGUCCUCGAAGGCAACUAAACAGCACACAAGGAGAGAUUCGUGUGGGUCCAAGUCAUCAGGCCAAACUACCGGAGCUACAGCCUCCUCCGGCCCGUUGUGCUGACUCAGUUACAGAAAAGGAGGAGCUAGUCUGGACACCUGGAGUCAAUGACUGUGACCUUCUGAUGUACCUGCGGGCUGCCAGGAGCAUGGCAGCCUUUGCAGGGAUGUGUGAUGGAGGCUCAACAGAGGACGGCUGUCUGGCUGCAUCCCGUGACGAUACCACUUUGAAUGCUUUAAACACGCUCCAUGAAAGCCAGUAUGAUGCAGCCAAAGCUCUGCAGUGUCUGGUGAAGAAACCAGUUCCUAAACUUAUUGAGAAAUCCUGGUCAGAGGAUGAAGUGAAACGGUUUAUAAAAGGCCUCAGGCAGUAUGGCAAAAACUUUUUUAGGAUCCGAAAAGAUUUGCUCCCCAGUAAGAAAACGGGCGAGUUGAUCACAUUUUACUACUACUGGAAGAAAACUCCUGAAGCUGUGGGGUCACGCCCUCAGCGUCAGCACCGCAGGCAGCCUGCAUCCCGCAAGGUCAAAACUCGCAACACUGUGGCUGCUGCCAAUACUACCUCUCGCACAUCCUCUAUGGAACUCAGUUCAGCCAGUGAAGAUGAUCUGGACAGUGAGGACAGUGAGCAAGGAGGCAAAGGUCAAGCAUGCAGCCACUGUCUGACCACCAACUCAAAGGACUGGCAUCACGGAGUGCGCGACAACUUCCUGCUGUGCUCCAGCUGCCACUCCCACUUCAGCAAGCACAGACGCCUGCCUCCUGUGCCCAAACCAGCCGACCCACCGUACCUGUUCAAACCUGUCCGAGAGGAGGAGGAGGGACCGGGCGGCCGCCACGGAAUGAAGACGCGUCGUAGCAGAGCACCAAUGUCCUCUCUCAGAAGUGGGCGGAACAGGCUGACGGGAAGCCCAGAUAGGGGCCUGUCUCCCUCCCAUGAUGAUGUCCGAGCUGGUGGCCACACCCCCAGAACUAACUCUUCUGCCAUGGCCACCAGGGCAUCCAGUGCUGACACCAAAGCUGGUGUGGCUGGGAAGGCCAACAAGAAGAUAAAAGUGGAAACAUCUGUAGUAAAAGCAGUGAAGAGGCAGAGAGAGACUGGUGCCCCAGAUACAGAUGAACCAGAAAGAAAAACCAUGAAAACACCUAAGGACCAGGUGGGUCCAGACUCACAGUCAGAAGGUGAGGGUGAAGGUGAGAGCUCAGACAGUCGUAGUGCUAAUGAUGACGGCAGCAGCGACACUAAAGACAUAGACCAGGACAACCGCAGCUCCUCACCCAGCUUGGCCAGCCCUAUGCAGGCAAAUGAGAGUGAUUCUGAUUCCCCUGCUCCCCCACCUCCACCUGGACCGCAGACCCAAGUCCAGCAGCCUGCUCCAACACCUGCCACCCCUGCCCCUUCACAAACACCACCGCCUAUGCCAUCUCAACCUUCACCCUUAAGUGUACCUUCCCCUGAAGUUUCCACCAUCACCACUGCCACCAGCACCACUACCACCUCAAGAGUCGUUGUACCUGUGGACAUUAACCUAGAUGAGCCAUCCAUAAUAGCUCCAAGAAGGGCUCAGAGGGGCCCAGAGGGGCCACCCACCUCCCAGCCUCACUCUGGACCUUCAUCGUUUCCAGGCCCAGCCCAAGGCCCUGGCCAAGGACAGGGACAGUCCUUCCCUCCACCUUCUCUUUAUCCUCCCCACCCCAACCAGCUGCAGAGCCAUCCACCCGGACCCCAUCCCACUCACAGCUUUCCCACAAAGCCUGUGCAUAUUCCUCAGCCACCAGCAUCUGCCUCUCAAAUCAAACCCCCACCAACCACUCCAAUCCCCUCUUCUCACAAACAUCCUCCUCAUCCUCACCUCCCUGCUUCUCCUCCAUUCCUCCAAAUCCACCCCAAUCUGCCCCCUCCACCAGCCCUAAAGCCUCUGGCAUCCCUACCGUCUCAACACCCCCCAUGCUCUCAGCCUCCUCCUCUUCACAUCAUGCCCCAGCCUCAUCCUUCUCAGCCUCCUGUGCUGACUCAAUCUCAAAGCCAUCAGGUCAAAGGCCAUCAUGCAGGUCCACCUCCAACUACUACCUGCCCUCAUCCCUCCCUCUCACUGAACCCCCGUCCUAUGCCUGAAUCCACUGCUCCAUUCCCUUUGUCUUCAGCCUCAUCCUCAGCCUCAGCUCCUGUUCCUGGUCCUGUUCCUGGUCCUGUUCCUGGCCCUGUUCCUGGCCCACAGCCUUCUACUUCCUCCACACUAAGUGUUACCACUGUACCCCCACAACUGACCAUUAAAGAGGAGCCUGUAGAUGAGGAAGAAGAGUGUGAUAGCCCACCCCCUCCUCGCAGGAGCCCCUCUCCAGAACCCACAGUGGUUAAUAUAGCCAGCCAUGCAAGCCAGUCAGCAAGGUUCAUCAAACAUCUGAACAGAGGCUACAACUCCUGCUCUCGGACAGACCUCUACUUCACUCCACUUGCUUCUUCCAAACUGGCCAAGAAACGGGAGGAGGCUGCUGAGAAGCUCAGAAGAGAGGCAGAGCAAAGUGCUCGUCAGGGUCGAGAAAGAGAGAGGGAGCGGGAAAGAGAAAGAGAGAGGGAGCGGGAGAGAGAGAGAGAUUCAGACAGAGCUUCUCGAGCCUCCAGCUCCUCCCAUGAUGGUCGUUUGAGUGAUCAUCCGCUCACCGCCCAUGCACAGCCAGGCCGCGCGUCAUUUGAGCCACCACCCCCGACCACUGUGGCUGCAGUUCCCCCAUACUUGGGCCCGGACACCCCAGCCCUGCGUACACUCAGCGAGUAUGCUCGACCGCAUGUCAUGUCACCCAGCAACCGCAAUCACCCCUUCUUCAUGCCCCUGGGUCCAGGUGAUCACCUGCUGGCCUAUCACAUGCAGAGCCUGUAUGCUGCCGAUCCUGCUCUCCGUGAGCGAGAGCUGCGGGAGCUCAGAGAAAGGGAGAUCCGAGAGAGGAUGAAGCCUGGCUUUGAGGUAAAACCACCAGAGCUGGAGACUGCACUUCACCCAUCAGCAAAUCCCAUGGAGCAUUUCGCCCGCCACGGAGCCCUGGCGUUUCCUCAUGUGGCCGGGCCACACCCAUUUGCCCCAUUCCACCCGGCUAUGGAGCGAAGCAUGGCAGCGCCACCACGGCCAGAGAUAACGUACGCCGAGCGGCUGACCGCAGAACGUCUCCAUGCUGAGAGGAUGGCUGCAACCGUUGUUGCUGGCGACCCGGUUGCUCGGCUGCAGAUGCUUAAUGUAACGCCACAUCAUCACCAGCACUCGCACAUUCACUCUCACCUCCAUCUGCACCAGCAGGACCCACUAAACCAGGGUUCAGGGCCUCAUCCUCUAGUGGACCCACUGGCUGCAGGUCCUCCUUUGGCAAGAUUCCCAUACCCACCAGGUGCUAUUCCCAACGCACUGUUGAGUGAGCUGCCCCAUGAACAUGAAAUGCUACGGCACCCUCUCUUUGUAGGGGCAGCAUUUCCCAGGGAUAUACCAGGACCACUAGGGCCUAUGUCAGCUGCACAUCAGCUGCAGGCGAUGCAGGUGCAGUCGGCAGAGCUGCAGAGACUGGCUCUGGAGCAGCAAUGGCUGCAUGGCCAUGCACACCUGCACAGUGCUCCCCUCCCUAAUCAAGAAGACUACUACAGCCGUCUGAAGAAAGAAGGAGAUAAGCAGUCUUGAAAUGAUUGACGAACACUGUGGACUACGGAGUGAAUUCUGUAUUCAGGGUAUUAGCUCUGUUUUGAUUGAUUUUCUUACGAUAACCCUGUACGGGAUCAGUUUUCCCUCUUUUUCUGCACUUAAGAGUUUGCUCUACUUUGUUGUAUUGUAUGAAAUACCUAGCCUUUUCCAAGCACAUUCAAUUUGUUUUCCUUGCAUGAAUAUUACAUAGCAGUUUUUACUGAUAAAAAAGGCAAUUUAAUGUAACUUUGUUACAGUGCUAAAGCACUAGAUUUAUUUAGUAUUUGCAAGGUGUUGUCCAAUAUCCGGAAUAUUCACAAUAUAGCAAGAAGUUUCAAACUUUAAUGAAACUUUACUCUCUAAGAUUGUAUAUAGUAUAUGUAUCAAAUAAUAUAUUACACAUGUAAAUUAAAAUGUUGCAAUGGUAGUUUUGGGCUUGAAAAGAUAAAAUAACGUGUGCAGAAAGUGCAUGCUUUACAUACUGUAUCAUACCCUUUCUCUAACUUCCUCUUUUCAGGUAUAUCUUAAGAGGGGACACUCUUUAUCAGUAUAUAACACACAAUUGUAGUGAUUCCUUAACUGGCUUAUACGUCACCUAUAUUCCACUGUCUUAUCCCUUUUAACAUUUGUUUAUAUAACAUAGACAAAAGAAAGAGAGAGAGAGAAUAGUUUUGGACUGUUUAUUGCAAUACAAGUGAAACUGUAUUAAAAGCAAAUAACUAAUUCAUUGACACAAUGUCAUAUAUCCCUGGAUAGAGUAUUAUGUCUAAGUAUCAAUAUAAAGCUAGCUGUGACAACAAA